AUGCAGCACUCAACAUCACUCGGCCGAGGAGUCAAGACCCUCCUAAUCGGUCGCGCGAUUCAAUUCUUGUUCGCCAUUGUCACCAUUGUCCUGCUCGGCUACUGCUCAGGCAUAAUCACCGACCAUCGCUGGUAUUCCGACCCUCCGGCGAGACCAGAGUCAGUACCAAUGACUUCUGCAUUCUUCACGGCAGGCUUUAACGUCAUAUUCACAAUCUUUGGAAUCAUUGCUGCGCUCCAGCCCGAGAAACUGCACUGGAAGGUCAUGACUGUGCUCGACGGUGUCUCGCUGGGAUCGGUCAUUGGUGCAUUGGUGUGCACCGUCUACACAGCCUCGGUGUUCGAAUUCCAGAAGGGAGUUUACUGGUGGACAUCCAUUGCUACGUCCAGCUGCGCCGUGGCAUCGACUGCGACGGUCAUGGGCCUCAGUGUGUACAUGCACGCUGGGAGAAACGCGAACUACAGGCGCGAGGGAUGGCCGGCUGGGACACCCAAGUAUAUUGACGAUGAUGUCUAUCCGGAUGUGGCACGGUCGCCGGUGAGGGCCCAUUCGACGAUGCCUCCGUCUACUUUGGGUCGGUCGACUCUGGCGCCGCAUUCAGGUUACGAGUAUGCUAUGAGGGACUCGAAGUGCUCUUGA